AUGAUACCGAACUGCUCGUCAAGCGGGCUUGACGCGUCUACGCUCACCAUCUCCAGAGACUUCAAUUUCGGAAUUCCUACACUGCCAUACAUCGCUGGCCGUGAGUUCGCUGGCACAGUUGUGAAAGCGUCCGAUGCAGGAAGUUCCCGCAUCAAGGACGGCGAUGUGAUCGUAGUUCCUUCGACCGAUUACCGUGACCUGCGGAAAGCCGCAUUCCAGCAAUACAGUGUCGCAUCGUCGUUCAAUGCUAUACGUAUACCAAAGAACAUCUCCAUCCGCUCAGGCAGCAUUCUGGGAGUUGCAUUCGUGUCUGCUGCAUUGGCUUUGGGUAUAUGCAUGGGACUGGAUUUCUCUAGCAUCGAAGACGGACCAGAUCUUCUCAGCAUGGUCCGCAGUCUUGAAGCAGAUCAAUUGCCCACGGAUAUACGGCAAGAAUGCUUGCACGGUAUCUCGGUAGCAGAUCGUGCAAAGGCCGACGAUUUCCUCGUGAUCUGGGGCGGCAGUUCUACUUGUGCACAUGCUGCAAAGCAGAUUGCGCGCCUCGCGGGUCUCAAAAUUGUUUCUGUUGUCGACAACGCGAAACAUGGACUUAGGCUGUCAUCUAACGAGGCCAUCAGGCCUGACCUUGUGGUAGACUCGCACGACCCUCAGAGGGCCAUUGAAAUCAUCAACGCGAACACGGGCUCCCGGGCCCGAUUUGGCUUCGACACCAUUGGAAAGGAGUCGGCUGGCCACCUUUCUCGAUCGCUCGCAAACUCGAAAUCAACGGCACCCACACUUUCGCGUGACGGGAAAGUCUUAGAGCAAGCUGGAGCGAAGCUACCUAGCCCACCAUCAACGCCGCUCGAGAAAUGCUCGCGUACCCAAAAGUCGCAUUUGGUGGGAUUGACCGGAUUGCCGAAGAGUGACGUACCUGAAGGUGUCGCAUUGCAUAGCGUGCCGAUCAAGCUUUUUCACGAAGUCCCCGAAGUCGGUGAAGCCUUGAGUGCUUGGUGCGAGCGAUUGCUAGUGAAAGGACUACUCGUGCCACCAGACGUUGUUGGAACUGUCGAUGGACUUGAAGGGAUCAAUGCAGGCCUCGAUCGAAUGAGGAAGAGGGAGAUCAGCGGAGGACGGUUGGUUGCUGUACUGAAAUAG